GUCCAUCACACAAUACAGCUGGCAACGGAAGAAAAGCCCUCAUUCAGCAAGAGCUAACACGCUUAGGAAUUUAUUUUGAAACAUUUAAAAGACUCUUCUGCUUACCAUCACCUGGGAUCCACUACAAGAACACCAAAAAGGAAAACUUCAUUUUAAAAAAUCAAGAAGUAAAUAGACCGAAUUGGGAAUGUUUAAAUUUCUGAAAGUCUGCACUGAAAAGCAAACUAAAACUGCUAACUUUAGCUUAAACAUUCUGGAGCACAAAGAACUUUAAUCUUGGAAUAUUAUCCUGCCUACUGAAAUAAAAGUUUGCCGAAUGAGUAGUAGAUUUAUUCCAUCUCAGAACAAAACAUUUCUUCACAAUUUAUAAUCCGAUGGGUUGGCUUCACUGACUACAAUUUUUUUUAAGGUUGCUUGUCAGUUAACAAGCCCUGGAUUCAUCGAUUUUCUGGGAGUAGAAAAUGAAACUAUUUUCCUGUUGAAGAACCAAGUGGAAACGUUACAGCAACAAAUUUUAUGUUUCUUUUGGAAAUUCUGGAGAAAAAGGAAAUACUCAUAAAACCAUCCAAAAAUCCAAAGAAUUUACAAAUACACUGGAGGUUUUAAAGUGGUCCCAAACUGAAUACCAAAGGAGGCUGCUGCUGACCAAAGGACUUCAACACAGUAAACUGAACGUGCCUUUAUAAUGGUAAGCAAUAACAGCUCCCAAUGCUCCUAUGAUGACUCCUUUAAGUACACUUUGUAUGGAUGCAUGUUUAGUAUGGUGUUUGUGCUUGGGUUACUAUCCAACUGUGUUGCCAUAUACAUUUUCAUCUGCACCCUUAAAGUGCGAAAUGAAACUACAACAUACAUGAUUAACUUGGCAGUGUCAGACCUGCUUUUCGUUUUCACUCUACCCUUCAGGAUUUUUUACUUUACAGCACGGAAUUGGACAUUUGGAGAUUUACUUUGUAAAAUUUCAGUGAUGCUGUUUUACACCAACAUGUAUGGAAGCAUUCUGUUCUUAACCUGCAUUAGUGUAGAUCGAUUUCUGGCAAUUGUCUACCCAUUUAGGUCAAAGACUAUAAGAACCAAACGAAAUGCAAAAAUUGUGUGCAUUGCUGUGUGGUUAACUGUGAUGGGAGGAAGUGCACCCGCAGUUUUUUUUCAGUCUACCCACUCUCGGGGAAACAAUACCCCAGAAGCCUGCUUUGAAAAUUUCCCAGAAGCCACAUGGAAAACCUAUCUCUCAAGGAUUGUAAUUUUCAUUGAAAUAGUGGGAUUUUUCAUUCCUCUAAUUUUAAAUGUAACUUGUUCUAGUCUGGUGCUAAGAACUUUAAAUAAACCUGUAACAUUAAGUAGAAGCAAAAUAAACAAAACUAAAGUUUUAAAAAUGAUUUUUGUACAUUUGGUCAUAUUCUGUUUCUGUUUUGUGCCUUAUAAUAUCAACCUUAUUUUAUACUCUCUUAUGCGAACACAGACAUUUGUUAAUUGCUCAGCAGUGGUAGCAGUAAGGACAAUGUACCCAAUCACUCUCUGCAUUGCUGUUACAAACUGUUGCUUUGACCCAAUAGUUUACUACUUCACGUCAGACACAAUUCAGAAUUCAAUAAAAAUGAAAAACUGGUCUGCUAGGAGAAAUGACUCCAGAUUCUCUGAUGUUCAAGGCACAGAGAACUUUAUUCAACAUAGCCUACAGACCUUAAAAACUAAGAUAUCUGAUAAUGAAUCUGCUAUAUAAGCUGCUUGAAAUAAAACCCCUGGAACAUCUCUGGGACAGAACCUCCAAGUUGCUUCAACUGUGAAAAGCUUUCUUGAAAAACAGCUAUUUUUCCACCUUUGAAAGAAAAUAAGCAUGUGGACAUUUUAAAGUUUUUAGUAUUAAAAAAAGUUGUAUUCAAUGUGUUAAGAAUUCAAAUGUAUCCUAUUCUGGUAUACACUCCAUUUUAUUUUUCUUAGCCAUUUUGAUUUGUACCUUCCUCUUCAUUAAAAAAUCCUUUAAAAAGUUGUUCAAAAUCUAAAAGUGAUAUGGUUUAAGUCACUGAUGACAAUAUGUACUGUCUUCGAAGUUCUUGGUAAUUUUAUAUUAAAUAAUUUACAAAUGUU